AUGGCCAAUCUCGUUCCACCUAAUUUCGAAGACAAGAUCGAGUAUCUUCGAGGAGAGCUGGAAGCAAGCAGAUGUCCCAUCUGCGGUCCCAAAGAGGACAUUCAGAAAAUGCUCUGCUGCUGGGGCGUGGCGAGCUCCUCGGAAAAGAUGGCACAAUCGAGCUUUCUCUACGUCAGCCUCCUGGCCCACCCAUUCCCACCAACUCGGGAGUACCUGGCUCAACUGUUCCUACAGACUUGA